CCCAUAGCAAAAAAUACUAAACUUUACAUAACGUGUUUUAAACUAUUUCUUAUCUUUAUGCAACAUAAUUUUUCUAUUGUAUAAUGUGUUGCAUAAGCAACCAAGGUUGUCUAGCACGUGGUUUUGAAGUUUCAAGGAAAAUGUCAAAUAAGCCGUUAGUGUCAUUUUUAUCAUCCCUUUUUGUAAGCAAAUUUGGGUCUUUUUUGUCAUAAAUUUUGAAUGAUAACAAUUAGUGACAAUUUGUAAUCAAUCAGAAAUUAAAAAUGUCACUAGAGGACCCGCAAUAUCACAUAACUCCAGUGCAACAAGCGGCCGCUUCAUGUACGGGGGCUAUUCUAACCUCGCUUUUAGUCACUCCGUUAGAUGUAGUCAAAAUUAGAUUACAAGCUCAACAAAGACUAGCUCAAAAAGUGCCCAAUAAAUGUUUUUUAUACUGUAAUGGACUUAUGGAUCAUUUUUGUGGUUGUGGUCCAAAUAAUGGACAGAAACAUUGGUUUCAAAGGCCUGGGCACUUUAAUGGAACUAUAGACGCUUUUGUUAAAAUUACUAGGAAUGAAGGAAUUUAUUCAUUGUGGAGUGGAUUAGGACCUACUUUAGUUUUAGCACUUCCAACUACAAUUUUAUACUUUGUCAGUUAUGAACAGUUAAGAUUAAGACUGAAGGCAAUGUACAAUAGGAAUCAACAGGAGGGACAAGAGAGAAAACAACCUUAUUGGAUUCCAUUAAUCUCAGGGGCAACAGCAAGAGUAUUUGCUGUAUCUGUUGUAAGUCCUUUAGAAUUGAUUAGAACUAAAAUGCAAUCAAGGAAAAUAUCAUAUGCAGAAAUAAACGAAUCUUUAAAAUUGCUAAUAAAACAAGAUGGAAUUAAAGGAUUAUGGAAAGGACUUCUUCCAACUUUGGGAAGGGAUGUUCCCUUCUCUGCUAUAUACUGGAUGAAUUAUGAAACGAUCAAAGGCUCUUUUGGUUCAGAAACGCCAACAUUUGGAGUCAGUUUUUUUGCUGGGGCCGUAUCAGGAGGAAUUGCUGCUUUUGCUACAGUUCCGUUUGACGUUGUUAAAACACACCAACAAAUAGAAAUUGGUGAAAAAACUCUUUACACAGAUCAACCACAAAAAACAAAACGGACGCUACAAAUAAUACGAGAAAUUUACAAACAUAGCGGUAUAAAAGGGCUGUACGCCGGCUUAGUUCCACGACUUGUCAAGGUUGCCCCAGCGUGUGCUAUUAUGAUAUCUUCAUUUGAAUAUGGAAAGCAAAGAAAAUUUACAAUCAAAUAAAUAAUAAUAGAUUUUUAAGGGCAAUUGAAAGGGAAUAUUAUUACAGUUUCAUUUGUAAAUGUACCACAUAUCGUGUCAGUACAUGUGAUAAUAUUCCUAAAAUAAUUAGAGUAAAAUAUGCAUUCUUUUACAAUAAUACUUAUUUUAAGUGGCAAAAAGUACAACAUUGUCUAUUCAGGUGUCAUAUUGUGAUCACUGUUGUCUCGUAUAAAGUCUGAAAGCUUUUAAAGAGGAAAAAGUUUAACUACAUCUCUUUACUUACUUCAGAUUUUCUCGUUUACAAAUCGGUUUUUAUCAUUAUUUAUCAUUUAUCAUUAUUGCGAAUGUUUAGUGAUAUUCACAAUCAAUGUCGUUAUCGUAAUUUUAUGUUACAUUUCUGUGAUUAUUCAUUUUUAUUAGUGAUGUAUUAUGUAACAUUGUUUUUGAAAACUUUGUAGAUACAGUUUUUAUCCUAUAAGUAUCAAAAUAAGGUUCAUGAUUUUUGUUUUUAACAGAUAUAAUGAAUAUAUGUAUCAUCAUGGUGCGAGUCUACAGGAAGUUAGCGAUUUUUAUGCUGAAGAAUAUUUUCCACCUGAACAUAAUUAAUUUGACUUUUAUUACUUUUAGAAAUAAAAUAUUAAGUUGUAGUCAAAGAAGUGACAAACCGCUGUAAAUAAAUUGUAAUUGUUUUAGAA